AUGACGAUUCAUGAGCGUGUCCGCGAGGCUGGAGACGCCAAGGCUCGCGAGGUGGGCCAUAAGGCCCCCUCUGUCGACGCGGACACCACCUCGGGCGGUGUGGACAAGGCCGCCAUGUACGCGCGGCUGCUGGACCCCAGCAGCGACUGGCCGGAACCCGCACUCAAGGGGGAGCACCUCAAGCAGGUCAUGGACAGACUCUCUCCCCCCACGGCCACCUCCACACCGCCCGAGACGAGGGAGGCGGCUUCGCUGACAAGGAACUCUGAGCGACACAUUCGUAGCGCUCUGUGCUGUACGGCACAUGCGUGCGACAUACACGCGUACGAGUGA